GGAGGAGCAGGAGGACGAGUGCGGCCGGCUCACCGACUGACUGACUCUGCCGUCGCUUUCAACAGGAGGCCGCUCAACACCUCCCGCUUCUCCCCCGGCCCCACCAUGGCCGAGGCGCCGCAGCUUGUGGAGACCGACCCCGACUUCCAGCCGCUGCCCCGGCCCCGCUCCUGCACUUGGCCGCUGCCCCGGCCGGAGCUGGCCCCGUCCAGCCCGGGACAGACGCCGACUCCCACCCCGGCCAGGGCCGCCUCGCCGUCCCGCUGCGGGCCGGUCGCGGCCCUGUGCGCGUCUUCGCCUGGCGGGGACCUCUUGAGUUUGCUGGAGGGCGGAGGCGAGGGCUUCGAGGCGGGCGGCGCCGGGGCCGGAGAACUGGGCGCCGGGGCCGGCUGCCCCUGCGGGGACUUCCCCUGCCUCCAGCACCAGCAGCAGCCGGCGGCAGCGGGGCCGGCCUUGGCCUCGGUGUCGGGGCCCCGCAAGAGCAGCUCGUCUCGCCGCAACGCUUGGGGCAACUUGUCCUACGCGGACCUGAUCACCAAGGCCAUCGAGAGCGCCCCGGAGAAGCGGCUCACCCUCUCGCAGAUCUACGAGUGGAUGGUCAAGAACGUGCCCUACUUCAAGGACAAGGGCGACAGCAACAGCUCCGCCGGAUGGAAGAAUUCAAUCCGCCAUAACCUCUCAUUGCACAGCAAGUUUAUUAGAGUGCAGAACGAAGGAACAGGAAAAAGCUCGUGGUGGAUGCUCAACCCAGAAGGAGGCAAAAGUGGCAAGUCUCCCAGGAGAAGGGCUGCAUCCAUGGACAACAGCAGCAAGUUUGCAAAAAGCAGAGGCAGAGCUGCGAAGAAAAAAGCAGCUCUUCAGACAGGUCAAGAUGGAAAUGGGGACAGUCCAGGCACACAGUUCUCGAAAUGGCCUGCAAGCCCCAGCUCUCAUAGCAAUGACGACUUUGAUAAUAAUUGGAGUACAUUUAGACCUAGGACCAGUUCAAAUGCUAGUACAAUUAGUGGUAGACUUUCUCCAAUCCUGCCAGAACAAGAUGACCUUGGAGAAGGGGACGUGCACUCUAUGGUCUACCCUCCGUCCACAACCAAAAUGGCUUCAACUCUGCCCAGCCUUUCUGAGAUGAGCAGUUCAGAAACCAUGGAGAAUCUCCUGGAUAACCUCAACCUUUUAUCCCCAAACACAUCCUUGGCUGGAUCGACCCAAUCUCCACCUGCUACCAUGAUGCAACAACCUCCGGGUUACUCGUAUACGCCAUCUAACACAAAUAUAGGUUCACCAAAUGCGGACUACAGGAAAUACGGUUAUGCUCAGACUAGCAUGAACACUUUGUCCCAAAUACCUAUGCAAACCAUUCAAGACAGUAAAUCGAACUAUGGAACCAUCAGCCAGUAUAGCUGCCCUGUAGGCCUUCUGAAGGAGUUGCUUACUUCUGAUUCACCCCCACACAGUGAUAUCUUGACAUCUGUAGACACUCGUGUUUCCCAGCCCAGUAGCAGAGUGUUGGGACCAAAUGUGUUAAUGGCCACUAACUCGACAAUGACGCCAUAUGGCAGCCAACAGAACCAUAACAAAAUUGUUGCCCCCAGUACCCACCCACACCAAGGACAUGUCCAGGCAACAUCAGUAGUAAACAGCCAUACCUUGUCUCUCACAGUUAGCACCGUGUCUCACGCUUCAGGCUUAAAUCGUUCAUCUGCAGUGAAAACGUCAGUACAAGUGCCUAUGAGCCACCCAAUGCAGAUGAAUAGCAUAAACCCGUACACCACUGUGAACAGCUGUAACGGAUAUGGAAGAGUGGGAAUUGUAUCUUUCCAUCAGGAGAAACUCCCUAGUGACUUAGAUGAUAUGUUGAUUGAACGAUUGGACUGUGAUAUGGAGUCAAUAAUUCGUAAUGACCUCAUGGAUGGGGAAACAUUAGAUUUUAACUUUGACAGUGUGUUGCCUAACCAAGGUUUGUCGCAUGGUGUCAAGACAACAACACACAGCUGGGUGCCUGGAUAAGACUGGAAGGCUUCAUUUUAAAGUGCUUCAGAGAUCUCUGACUGCAAGGACUGAGCAGGAGAGUCCAAAGAUGUCCUUCAACCUCUGUAUAUUCUUUGUAAUUUUUUUCUCUCGUCAGACUUGGCAGCAGAUAGAUUCCCCCCACCCCACCUUUGCACAGGAUGUAUGCCAGAUAUUUGCAGGUCAUUUGCUGCUGUGGGUAAAGAAUGUGCCAUUGGAAGUGUGUUUACCUGGACGUGCCAAACUCUCACUACAAUAUCACAGAGAAGAAGAAAAUACUUUUUCAUCAUGUUUGGUGACUCUGCACAACGUAAGCUGUAGAAGCAAAACUUUUUUUAAAAAAAGCAUCUGAGAAAAAAGUUAAAACUUUAAUACUGUGGUAGUUUUAAACCAACUUGCCUCUGAUCCAUUUCUUUUCUUCAUCUGCUGAACUUUUGGGGACCUGUGGACAGCUGAAUUAACUGCCUUAAAUGUAUUAAUAUGGCUCUACAUUUCAUUCAAAAAACGUAUCAUUGUAUAUGAUCUGACCAAAGUCUUUAGCCACUCAGACUUCCACGGCCAAGAGCAGAUUGAAAACGUUGUCAUAUUUGUUACUGAUGAUGUAGAUUUCUUUGGGGGGAUAACUUCCAGAUCAUUCAAUUUUAUUAAUCAACUUGAAUUUUUUUGUAAUACGCAUAUUGAUAUUUUUCUUACAUCUCUACUUUGUUAUACACUCUACUUUUUAAAAGUUUAAAUUCAGAAUACCUAGCAACAUUCGUAACAUUUUAUAUCCAGUAUUUUAGCUAAAUAAGGGGGGAGGGAGAAGUUAAUGUUAGCACCCUGAGGGUAACAUUUUUUUAGGGUUCUCUUGUCACAGGAAUUGAUCUGUAGGUAACAGAAUUUCUAUUACUGUGAACACUGACUACCUACCACCAGGCAUUCAUUGUUGCCUGAAUUUAAGUCCAGCGCUUCACAUUUGUAUUUAUUUCAUGGAAAUGUCAUGACGUUUGGUAUCCUCAGAGUAAGAACUGCUCAGUUUAAUAAUGUUUCCAUUCAUAAUCUGUGCUAAGUCUUGUUUGUUCUUUCUCUAGGUUCUAUUACUUCCCCCUGCCCCACCGCUUCUGGCUUAGUUUAAAGACAUCCAAAGAGUUAGAACCUGUUUUAUGCUACAUUAUGGUUGUGUGAACAUACUUUGCAGGAACAAACCACAGCGAUGAGCUGUGGAGACCUAAUUAUUUAUAUAAUUGGUUUCAGUUAGUUUGAAUGAUCCUUCCACCUUCAGAAUCUUACAUUAUGAAUAGUCCCAAUGAUGCAUCCUUUAGAGAGGUUUAUAUGAGUAGCCUUUUAAAGUGUAGGUGAAUAAUAUAGAAUAUAAAUAUUAUAUUGUGCUCUGUACUUUUGAUGGCUCUUUGGAACGCUGACUUCAAUGAGCACCAUCCCUCUAUACUGUCCCCACCCACCCUCUAUGCUCAGCUAUGUUUCGUAUGGUGCAUCCCAUGGUUCGCCUAGGUAGCUGACCAUAAUAGCUAGAACAUCCCUCUUAAUAUAUUAGGCAUUCAGAUACUGUUGUAAUAAUUCUGCCCAGUAAUUGUAAGAAAAUAAAAGAUUAAUGAAGGGUAUUAUUAUGAAACAAAAAUUACGUGACUGUUGAUGAAACAUGCUUUUUGCAUAGACCUUAAUUUCUGUAUUACCUGAGUAAAAAUUAUUGUAAAUGGUGGCCUUAUGAAAUGUGCAGAUUGUUUUGCCAAGCAGCCUUGUGUUUUGGCCCCGGCCCCCCAUUUGUCUGUACUCUUUGUGAAAAGUGUGUUUAUACAUUAGAACUGUUCCUAUACUUUACAUUUUAAUAUAUUGUCUCUUCUGUAUCAUGUAUUAUUAGUUGCAUUAAUGAAACCUCUGGCUUGAUAAACUGACAAGUUGUUUAAAACGGUAGGCAAAGGUUACGCUGUUGAAUGCUGACAGUGCAGCAGAACGUUCCUUAAAGAAGGGGAGGAGAAUGAAAGCGGACCAACUCUUUUCACAGUCUUAAGUUUGGACUUGUUCAACAACUGCGUGGCUGUUGAUAUUUUUAAAAAGAAGAUUUUAAGUUCACGUUAUGAAGUUUUCAGGCUUGUUAAUUUAUAACUAAUUUUAAAUGAUGUCCUUUUUGGGUAUUUUAUAAUUACUAUAAAAGUGUACUGCGGUUCACGCAAAUGUAACUCUGCAUUAACUUUUAUAUGGACUUUUAUAUGGCAGAUGUCGCUCUCCCCCUUCUGCCUAGCCAGCACUGUUGCCACACUGACGUGGAAAUGCUCCACAUUUCAUUUGGAUGAGCUGUAAGAAUAUGGUGGUAUUUUACUGCUGUACUCUGCUUCAUCAUAUCAUUUGCAUAUAUGUAAAAACAUGCCUGAUGUUUUUCAAAUCUAAAAUAAGCCUUUGUACAAAGCCAUAAAUGUAUAUACAUUGCUUUAA